AUGUCCACACACUUUUUUCUGUUCUCUUUGAUGAUUUUGAGUGUCAGCUGUUUCAGAGAGUCCCAUGUUCGUGGUUUUGCGUCAGAUGACGAUUUGAGCAUUGAACACUUAAAAGAGCACUACGGUAACAAGAUCGACAUUGAGAAGCACACAUCGUCGUCGGACCGGAAAUUCUACUAUUUCAAGGUGGGAGAUCAGAAUUUGGACCAUUUUUUGGAUGGAAUCGAACUGAUGAAGUUGAUAACAGAGCAUUCUGGAGAGACAGAAAAAUUGAAUGUCGAGGAUUUGGAAGUUCAAGUGGACCAAGUUAUUGGGGAUCUCGAUCGAAAUGGAGAUGGAAUGAUCAGUUUUGGAGAGUAUUCUAGGAAAUUCGACUAG